AUGGCACAGAUUCACUGGAAACUGACACCGACGGCACGCUACGUGUUGCUCGUCCUCUUCAUCCUGUUCGGGGUCCAUUCGAUCCUCAGCUUCACUCAUGAACCGUACGGCCGCGCAACCUCCAUCUCGCAGUUGACGGGUGGCUUCUCUUGGUCGACCGCUGCAGCGCCGCCGGCGAUCCCGGAUGCGUACUAUGACGACACCCCUCUCCCGCUUACGCCGGCGCACAACACCAGCGCGCGUGCCAAUGCUACCAUCCUGAUGCUCGCGAGGAACAGCGACGUUGAUGGUGCAGUGCGCAGUAUUCGCGAAUUGGAGGACAGGUUUAACCACAAAUAUCAAUACCCAUGGGUAUUCUUGAACGAGGAAGAUUUCGACGACGAGUUUAAACGGCGCGUCACCAAUAUCAUCUCUGGCCCUGUGCACUUCGGGAGGAUUCCUCAUGACCAUUGGUACCAGCCCGCCUGGAUCGACGAAGACCGCGCGAGCGCAGCCCGGCAGAAAAUGAUGGACGACAACAUCAUCUACGGCGGCAGCGUGUCGUACCGGAACAUGUGUCGCUUCAACUCGGGCUUCUUCUACCGCCAUCAGCUCCUGCAGCAAUUCAAGUGGUACUGGCGCGUCGAGCCGGACGUGCACUUCCGGUGCGACGUCGACUUCGAUCCUUUCCGGUACAUGGAGGACCACAACAAGGUGUACGGGUUCACGAUCACGAUGUACGAGUACCUGGCGACCAUCCCGACGCUCUGGGAGACGGUGAAGGAGUUUACCAAGGCGCACCCGGAGUAUGUGAAGGAGAACAACGCGAUGAACUACAUGAGCGACGACGGCGGGACGACGUACAACAACUGCCACUUCUGGUCCAAUUUCGAGAUUGCGAACAUGGACUUUUGGCGCGGGGAGGCGUACUCGAAGUACUUCGAGUACCUGGACUCGAAGGGCGGGUUCUACUACGAGCGCUGGGGCGACGCACCUGUGCACUCGAUCGCGGCGGGAUUGUUCGCAUCGAAGGACCAGAUCCAUUUCUUCGACGACAUCGGGUACGAGCACAACCCGUACACGCAUUGCCCUCGCGGGCCCGGCGCGUGGGAGCGCGGCCACUGCGACUGCGAGGUGCAGAAGAGCUUCGACUAUGAUGGCUACAGCUGUAUGAGGCAGUGGGACCGGAUCCAGUGA